GUGCUUCUCACACUGCCCACAAAAACCCACGUUUUGAAGUUUGCCUUAUAACUGGAAAGGGAUCACAUCUGCUCAUCCUUUCCCCUGGUCGUAAUUCAGUUUCACGUCCAUCUGGCACCAUGGUCAGACACAACAACGUAGUACCCAAUGCCCACUUCAAAAAGGACUGGCAGAACCGCGUCCAAUGCUGGUUCAACCAGCCUGGACGCAAGCAGCGUCGUCGUGUCUCUCGUCAGCAGAAGGCCGUAGCGAUCGCACCCCGCCCUGUGGCUGGACUGGUGCGUCCCGCUGUUCGCUGCCCCACCGCUAAGUACAACUCGCGUAUGCGCUCUGGACGUGGCUUCACUCUUGACGAGAUUAAGGAGGCUGGUCUCAGCGCCAAGGUCGCUCGCACUGUUGGCAUUGCCGUAGACCACCGUCGUAAGUCCCGCUCAGUCGAGGCCCUUAACCGUAACGUACAGCGCCUGAAGGAGUACAACGAGCGUCUCAUCGUGUUCCCCAAGCGUGCCGGCAAGGCCAAGAAGGGAGAUGCUUCCGCCGAGGACAUCAAGGCUGCGUCGCAAUUGACCGGAGCCAUCAUUCCCGUCACACAGCAGCACAAGCGUGAGAAGGCUCGUGCCAUUACUGAGGAGGAGAAGAACUUCAACGCUUUCUACACUCUUCGUAUGGCCCGUGCUAACGCCAAGUACGUUGGUGUGCGUGAGAAGCGUGCUAUUGCCAAGGCCGAGGCCGCCGCCGCCGCCGCGAACAAGAAGAAAUAAAUAAAAGUGCUUGGCAUAUGAUGUUAGUUAUAAAUAGGACAGCAUAUGAUGUUAGUAAUAAAACAGCAUGCGACGUGUUGUUUUUGGAUCGUCUGGAGUGGUCCC